CUCUCUGCCACAGACCCCGUGGAUGUGCUGAAGGCUCUGGGCGUGCGGGGGGGCCACGCUGGGCUCCCCGAGGGGCCUGGCUUCUGCCCGCAGAGGGCUCCAGAGGGUGACCGGGCCUUCCGGGUAGGCGAGGCCAGCACGCUCAGCAUCCCCACCUGGGAGCUCUUUCCAGAUGGGCACUUUCCCGAGAACUUCUCUGUGCUGAUGAGUCUUCGAGCCCAGCCCGCCAAGCAUGCAGUUCUUCUCUCAGUUUACGACGAGAAGGGUGCCCGGCAGCUGGGCCUGGCACUGGGGCCCGCUCUGGGCCUCCUGGGCGGCCCCUUCCGUCCUCUCCCCCAACAGGUCAACCUCACAGAUGGCAGAUGGCACCGGGUGGCGGUCAGCAUCGAAGGAGAGAAGGCGACCCUGGUGGCUGACUGCGAGCCUCAGCCCCCCGUGGCAGGCCAGGGGCCCCGGAUCCUCAGUACAACGGGGCUCACUGUGCUGGGGACCCAGGACCUCGGCGAGGAGACUUUCAAGGGAGACAUCCAGGAACUGCUGAUAAGCUCGGACCCUCAGGCUGCCUUCCAAGCCUGUGAGCGGUACCUCCCCGGCUGUGACGACCCAGACCCUGCCACCACGGGGGUCCCCCAGGGCGAGCCAGAAACCUCCCCUCCUCGACGCAAGGGGAAAGGGAAAGGGAGGAAAAAAGGGAAAGGUCGCAAGGGGAAGGGCAGGAAGAACAAGAAUAAGGAAGCCCCGGCGUCAAGCCCUCCUCCUGGCUCCCCCGACAACCAGACCUCCAUUGAUGUGCCCAACACAGAGACACCAUAUACGACCCCCACGCCUUCCGUCAUGACCACCACUGUGACUGUGGGGGACAAUGUCACCAUCCUAGAGAGGGGCCUGGACUCUGCACUGGGGACCCCGGAGAAUGAGACAGCUGGUGAGGGUGAAGGAGGUAGCUCCAGCAUGGGUCCUGACUUCAGGGCAGCAGAACAGCCGACGAGGACCGAGUUCCAGAUCUUUCCAAAUGCUGGCCAGAAGGGGCAGAAAGGAGAACCCGCAGUGGUUGAGCAGGGGCAGCAGUUUGAAGGACCUGCAGGUGCCCCAGGACCCCGAGGGGUGGCUGGCCCUUCAGGCCCUUCUGGCCCCCCGGGAUUUCCAGGAGACCCUGGUCCACCGGGCCCUGCUGGCCUCCCAGGAGUCCCUGGUGUGGAUGGGAUCCGGGGUCUCCCAGGCACGGUGAUCAUGAUGCCGUUCCAGUUUGCAAGUGGCUCCCACAAAGGCCCCCCAGUCUCCUUCCAGCAGGCCCAGGCCCAGGCUGUCCUGCAGCAGGCUCAGCUCUCCAUGAAAGGCCCACCUGGCCCCGUGGGACUCACUGGGCGCCCAGGCCCCGUGGGUCUCCCUGGAUAUCCGGGUCUGAAAGGAGAGGCGGGAGAAAUGGGGCCACAGGGUCCUCGAGGUCUGCAAGGACCUCUCGGGCCUCCUGGCCCAGAAGGCAAGAUGGGUCGCCCUGGAGCAGAUGGAGCCCGGGGCCUCCCAGGAGACACAGGACCCAAGGGUGACCGGGGCUUUGAUGGCCUGCCGGGGCUGCCUGGUGAGAAAGGUCAAAGGGGUGACUUUGGCCACGUGGGGCAGCCUGGCCCCCCUGGAGAGGACGGUAAGAAGGGAGCAGAGGGACCUCCAGGACCCACUGGCCAGGCCGGGGAGCCGGGCCCCAGAGGACUGAUCGGCCCCAGAGGCUCCCCCGGCCCCCCAGGACGCCCGGUGAGAAUGUCGCUGGCUCUGCAUCCCUGUCUGCCUUUUCCUGGCCUUUCUCCCCCUGCACGUCCCCCUCUGUUGUCUGAUGUCUCUGCCGAUUCAGGAAUCCCUGGUCCUCAGGGACUCAUCGGGGCUCCUGGGGAGAAGAGAAGGGCCUGUGGGGUGAGCUGCGGCCUCGGACCUCUCCAGUGUCCCCGACUGCGGUGCCAGCUGCUUCCUUCUCAUGCCUGUGUCCUCCCCCCUUUUUUAUGUCCCCAGGGAAUUCCUGGUCCUCAGGGACUCAUCGGGGCUCCUGGGGAGAAGGGUCCCCCUGGGAACCCAGGAAUUCCAGGCCUCCCAGGAGCUGAUGGCCCUCCGGGUCACCCGGGCCAUGAGGGUCCUACGGGAGAGAAAGGGACCCAGGGUCCACCAGGGUCGGCUGGCCCUCCGGGCUAUCCUGGACCUCGGGGCGUGAAGGGCACUUCAGGCAACCGGGGCUUCCAGGGGGAGAAAGGCGAGAAGGGAGAGGACGGCUUCCCAGGCUUCAAGGGUGACGCAGGGCUCAAGGGAGAUCGGGGGCACCCCGGACCCCCAGGUCCCCGGGGCGAAGAUGGCCCUGAGGGCCCCAAGGGACAGGAGGGACAGGCUGGCAAGGAGGGGCCCCCAGGCUCAGCCGGGGAGAAGGGGAAGCUUGGGGUGCCAGGCCUUCCGGGUUACCCAGGACGUCCGGGACCCAAGGGAUCCAUUGGAUUUCCCGGGCCUCUGGGACCACUGGGAGAGAAAGGGAAGCGAGGGAAGAUGGGGCAGCCAGGCCUAGAAGGAGAGCGGGGACCCCCGGGCUCCCGUGGAGAGAGGGGACAACCGGGAGCCACAGGGCAGCCAGGCACCAAGGGCGACGUGGGACAAGACGGGGCUCCUGGGGUCCCUGGAGAAAAGGGCCUCCCUGGUCUGCAAGGCCCCCCAGGAUUUCCUGGGCCCAAAGGGCCCCCUGGUCCCCAGGGAAAAGAUGGGGUACCGGGCCACCCUGGACAGAGAGGAGAAUUGGGCUUCCAAGGCCAGACAGGUCCGCCUGGACCAGCUGGUGUCCUGGGUCCUCAGGGAAAGACGGGAGAAGUGGGGCCUCUGGGAGAGAGGGGGCCUCCAGGCCCCCCUGGACCUCCUGGUGAACCGGGUCUUCCUGGCGUGGAAGGCAGAGAGGGGGCCAAGGGGGAGCUGGGACCACUGGGGCCCCUCGGGAAGGAGGGGCCGCCUGGACCCAGGGGCUUCCCCGGCCCCCCAGGACCCUUGGGGGACCCAGGACCUGCUGGUUUGAAGGGUGACAAGGGCCCCCCAGGGCCCGUCGGCGCCAACGGCUCCCCUGGCGAGCGCGGUCCUGUGGGCCCAGCAGGAGGUAUCGGGCUUCCAGGCCAGAGCGGAGGCCAAGGCCCCGUGGGCCCUGCAGGAGAGAAGGGGUCCCCGGGGGAACGAGGCCCCCCGGGGCCCACUGGCAAAGACGGCAUCCCAGGGCCCUUGGGACCUCUGGGUCCCUCUGGAGCUGCCGGGCCUUCAGGCGAGGAAGGGGACAAGGGGGACGUGGGCGCCCCUGGUCACAAAGGGAGUAAAGGUGACAAGGGCGAUGCGGGCCCACCUGGACCAGCAGGGAUACGGGGCCUCGUGGGAUACCCGGGUCCCCCGGGGGCAGAUGGAGCUCAGGGACGUCGGGGACCCCCGGGCCUCUUUGGGCAGAAAGGAGAUGAUGGAAUCAGAGGCUUCGUGGGGGUGAUAGGCCCCCCUGGCCUGCAGGGGCUGCCGGGCCCUCCUGGAGAGAAAGGGGAGGUUGGAGAUGUGGGGUCCAUGGGUCCUCACGGAGCCCCAGGUCCCCGGGGUCCCCAAGGCCCCAGCGGAUCAGAGGGCUCGCCGGGGCCACCAGGAGGCGUUGGUCAGCCCGGCGCUGUGGGUGAGAAGGGUGAGCCAGGCGAUGCCGGAGACCCAGGGCCCCCAGGAAGCCCCGGCAUCCCGGGCCCCAAGGGAGAAGUUGGUGAAAAGGGGGACUCUGGACCAUCUGGGGCUGCUGGACCUCCAGGCAAGAAAGGCCCCCCUGGGGAGGAUGGAGCCAAAGGGAAUGUGGGCCCCACAGGACUUCCGGGAGAUCUGGGGCCUCCAGGAGACCCUGGAGUUUCGGGUAUAGACGGUGCUCCAGGGGAGAAGGGAGACCCUGGUGAUGUCGGGGGACCGGGGCCACCAGGUGCUUCCGGGGAACCUGGCCCCCGAGGGCCCCCUGGCAAGAGGGGCCCUUCCGGCCGCAUGGGUCCAGAAGGCAGAGAAGGGGAGAAGGGGGCCAAGGGGGAGCCAGGUCCUGACGGGCCCCCAGGGAGGACAGGCCCUCUGGGGGCUCGAGGGCCUCCUGGGCGUGUGGGGCCUGAGGGUCUUCGAGGGAUCCCUGGCCCUGUGGGUGAACCAGGCCUUCUGGGAUCCCCUGGACUGAUGGGCCCUCCUGGCCCCCUGGGGCCCCCUGGCCUCCCAGGGCUGAAGGGAGAUGCUGGCCCCAAGGGGGAAAAGGGCCACAUCGGAUUAAUUGGCCUCAUUGGCCCUCCUGGCGAGGCUGGUGAGAAAGGUGAUCGGGGGUUGCCAGGUGUGCAGGGCCCCCCUGGCCCCAAGGGAGACCCCGGUCCCCGUGGUCCCAUGGGCUCUCUGGGCCACCCCGGGUCCCCAGGCGUGGCGGGUCCUCUGGGACAGAAGGGUUCAAAGGGGUCCCCGGGAUCCCUUGGUCCCCGUGGAGACACUGGACCUGCAGGCCCCCCUGGACCCCCGGGUCCCCCUGCCGAGAUGCACGGACUGCGCAGGCGCCGGCGCUCUAUCCGGGACUUGGCUGCGCUGGAGGGUCCGGAGGGCGGCCUGGAGGAGGUGCUGGCCUCGCUCACAUCGCUGGGCUUCGAAUUGGAGCAGAUGCGUCGGCCCCCGGGCACUGCUGACCGCCCGGGCCUCAUUUGCCACGAGCUGCACCGUAACCACCCGCACCUGCCGGAUGGGGAAUACUGGAUUGACCCCAACCAGGGCUGCACGCGGGAUGCGCUCAGGGUCUUCUGCAACUUCACAGCGGGAGGCCAGACCUGCCUCUACCCCGACAAGAAGUUUGAGACGGUGAAGUUAGCCUCUUGGUCGAAGGAGAAGCCGGGACACUGGUACAGCACAUUCCGCCGAGGGAAGAAGUUCUCCUACAUGGACGCCGACGGGUCCCCGGUGAACGUGGUACAGCUGACCUUCCUGAAACUGCUGAGUGCCACGGCCCAGCAGAGGUUCACGUACAACUGCCAGAACGCAGCCGCCUGGCUGGACGAAGCCACGGGGGACCACGGGCGCGCCCUGCGCUUCCUCGGGGCCAACGGGGAGGAGCUGUCCUUUAACCAGACGGCAGCGGCCACCAUCAGUGUCCCUCAGGACGGCUGCCGGCUCCGGAAGGGCCAGGCGAAGACCCUCUUCGAAUUCACCUCUUCCCGGGUGGGCUUUCUGCCCCUGUGGGAUGUGGCGGCCGUGGACUUCGGCCAGACGAACCAGAAGUUUGGGUUUGAACUGGGCCCCGUCUGCUUCAGCAGCUGAGAGUCCGGGGGGUCGGGAGGGACAGUGAGGGAGCCCCCCGACGGGGCGCACUUGGUGCUGAGGCUUUGAAGCCACCCUAUUUAUCGUCUCUUGAGACUCUGGAGCCAGGGGAUGUGACUGUCACGGUUAAGCCAUAUUCCUUCUCCCUUGCUGUGGACUGGAGGCUGGAUGCCCGUGGCCCAGGGUCCCCGCCU